AAAUAGAAGCAUCAGGUGCAUGGUCAUUGGUUUAUGGGGCAGCUGGGGUUAUGCUGAUCAGCUGGUGUGAAAUCUCUUGCUGCAGCUGCCGGCUGAAAAACAAUGGAGCCUGCUUCAAAGAAAGGAGACCUGGCUCAAGCAGGAAGGAAGAAGCUAGAGGACUUCAGAAGAAAGAAGGCGGAGGCCGCGGCUGCCAAAGGAAAGGGAAAGGCAGGCACCGGCUCUAAAACAAGUGGAUCCAAGGACCGCUCAACCGCUGAUGGAAGCACUCCGCCACCUAAGACUGAAAAGGUGCCUACAGCUCAGGGCGAGGCAGGUGCCGCUAAGGAAGAUGGGCUUCCUGGUGGAACAUCUGCAUUGUCAGAAGCAUCGACCGAUAAGAGAACGUCCGUAGCGCCCUUUCCCACAGCCAACGGGGCAGCAAGUCAAGUCAGUUCCACUAGAAAUGAGCAGAAAGGGGACCGAAUAGAGACGGCCACAAUUCCUGGACUGGGUGUAUCAAGCACAGGUGCGCAGAGCACCGUAAGGACUGCUAGUCGUCCUCUCGACAAUAGCGACCUCACAGCGGGUAUGAGCAAUGGGCAUUCAGCUCAGGGGGAACAAUCCAAUCGGUCAGAAGGAACUAAAGCUGCCUCUCAGUCUUCUCGGCGUGUUGAAUCGGCGGGGACUCCUGCUCGUGCUGGCGAGCGAGCACCUGGAGCUGUGAGUGCUGGCUUGGAAUCAACUAGGCGUGGCAGGCAAGGGGAAAAGUUGCCAGCAGGCGUUGGAGCUUCCAAACCUGCACAGACUGUGGCUCCUCAGGUUGGAGGGGAACAAGGACACAAAGUGACCGGAACCAAUGCUUUGGAGGAGGGCAAGAGGGAGACCUCCAGUCAAGCAGCGCUUGGAGAGCAGGCCCCGGCAGGCGUGAGAGCAAGUUCCGGAGGCGAAAACGAUCUUCCUGGAGGUGGCAGGGAAACGAGGCCCGCAUCUGGCACAACUCGCCCUGGCCAGUUCCAGCGGGCCAACAGUUCUGACGGGGGCGCCUCCUCCUCUUCUGUAGCGUCGUCGCCUGAUCCCCCGCGCAAAGAACCGCCUCUUUCAUCAGCGAUCCCCUUGCUGUCGCCAUCCAUUCCCUCCCCCUCCCCCUCCCCCCAACGCAGUCCCUCUCCCCAGCGUAACUCACCGCUUGCUCGGGAUCAACCUGUCUCUGUGACAUAUACACCAGCCCCCGCUUCCUUGCCGUGGCUACCGACACCCGCACGACGCCCCCCCGAGACGGCACCUCCUGCUGCUGGCGCCCCUUCUAGUUCAUACCAGGGUAGAGAGGUAUCACACACUGUGGCACCCCCGCCGGAGGCAGUGUUCAACGGGGCCGCAACGUCGUCUCGUCCUGGCUCUCAGGCUGUCCCUGAAACCUUAAGACCGGCGGUCAACUUGGCUCAAACAAACUUCGCUUCUGCUACGACUUGCGGUGAGAGGACAGCUUCAGAGAACAGAUCGGACUCUCAGCCGAGUAGACCUCCGACUGCAAGGCAAGAGGAACCACCCAGGUCGUCGAAUCCAGCAAGUGCAGUAGAAGAGCAGGCCACGUCGGCGUUCAGCAGGAAUACGGGGCGGUCUCUGUCAGGGGAACCGGGGGAAGGCACCCCCAUGACACUGAGCAGUGCCGGCAGGGGCAGAGAUGGGCCUGCGGGCCCAGUGAGUGCGCGGCUGAGUGCGGCAGGGGAUGCACCGCAGAUUGCCUCUGCGCGGAGGAGGCUGGACGACGUGUUUGCCGCGGAGGGAGCAUCAGAAGGAGCUGGGAUAGGUCCACACGAUCCCAUCGACCCCCGGGUGCCCCGGGUACAAUCCCAGCCCUCUUUCAAGGACUAUGUCUCCAACGAUCCGGAACCUCUACCGGCCCCGCAGCGCUCGCGGACCCCGGAUCUGGGCACACCUCAAGCAACCUCCACUGGGUUAGCGCAAACCGCGUCGUCUUUCCGCUCCUCACUCGCCAACUUGUUCGCCCCCUCCAUGCGCCCCGUGACGCAGUUUCCGAGGCCCCCGCACGAGGAGGUACCGCAACCUUCAAGAGCCGGAGAGCCGCAAAACGGGGGAAUAGGCUCAGACGGGAUUGCUCGAGAAGCGACGAGUGGCGAGGAAAACGGCCCUCCGAUCAUGCAAGCAGCCAGUACGGCUACUUUACAGCCCCCCUUACCGCCCCCAAUUUUGUUCAGACCGCCGACCUCCGUGCAGCCACUCACAACCGUAGUUUCGACGGUCCCCACAGUCAGCACAACUUCGCGUUACCCGCGAAGCCCGUUUGUUCCGGUCACCGCCAACCCAGCCGAACCCUUCACUGCUCCCUAUGUCAAGACUGCCAAGCCUGAACCUUUUGCGUCCGCAGCGACGCUGAAGCUCAAGAAUGCGAACCAAGAAACGAAGCCCGGAGCGGUGGAGAAACCCGCAAGCCCCCCAAUCUGGUCGCGGCCCAGGCCAUUGGGUCCGGCAAUCGAUCUCAACCCUGCUGCUCCCGCCACGCAGUCCUUUACCUUCCCGUCCUCUCCGGCCCCGCCAGCGUCCUCCCAAUCGAGAAAACCUCCACCCCAGGCUCCGUCUCAGUCAGAGAACGCGCCAUUCCAACAAAACGGGACACUCCAUGCCCCCGCUCCCGCCUUCCGAUCGCCCCCCCUCUCCCCCCGAUCACGGACACCGCCGCUUGCGGCAGACGAAGAGGGGGUGGUGGUUGGCCCUCGGAGAAGCCAGGCGCUGUCCCCCCGGCGCCGGCCGCGGUCCCCAACUCCCUCAGUAUCGGUCAGCAGCCCCCCACCUCUACGGCCGAUUUCGACGCAUCCAGGGGGAUCACCCUCCAUCGUGGAUCCGAGGCGAAGGAGUUCGGGUAGCUCGGUGGAUUCAACUGGAGACGAGAAGCCGGCGCGCGUCGAGGACGGCCCCAGCAAGCCUCCACAGAACGGGAACGUUUCAAAAGAGUCGAAUGACACGGAGAAAGAACCUGCCACGUCAGCUCCCGAACCGAGCCUGGCGAAACCUGCGCCCAAGCGGUCGCUCCUCCAGUCAGCGCUGGCGCCUCCCAAACCCUUCCGAAGCUCCUUCCCGAGCGCGCCCGAUUCGGACGGCCCUGCGCGCGAGUCAGACGAGACCCCGCCCUCGCGGAGAUCGUUUUCAUCGGCAGCGGCGGCACCUUCUAGUUCGUUCAUUCCGUUUGUGCCCAGAUCCGCCCGGUCGCCCAGGGCGGAAAACGGAACCAGUCGACUGUUGCGGCUGCCGUCGAUGCCGACGGUGGACGAGGCGGUCCCCUCGCCUGGGCAGGAGCGGACUGACGGGAGCGACUUUGCGUCCCUGGAGCAGCACAUUGAAGACCUGACCCAGGAGAAGUUUGCGCUGCAACGGGGUGCCGAAGCGGCGCGCUCGCUUGCGGCUUCUCUCGAGGAGGAGAACUCGCAGCUGACGGAGGACUUUAACCGGCAGGCACAGGCAGUGCAGACGCUCAAGGCAGAGCUGGAGAGGCAGCAGGCGGAGAUCACAGCCCAACAGCUGGUGGCAGAGGCAAUGGCAGAGGAGCGCGAGCGGCUGCAGCGCGAGAACGCGGGCGCGCUGGAGCAGGCGGCGGUCAUGGGGCGUGAGGUGGUGCAUCUGGAGGAGCAGGUCCUCAAGCUGCGGUCCUCGGAGUUGAAGCUGCGGAAGGAACUAGAGGGGACGCAAAGCGGCUACGACGCGGCACGGCGGCAGCUGACCACGCUCUCGGCGGACCGAGCGGCACUGCGGCAGAUGAUGGAUGCGCUACAAGAAGAGCGGCGUCUCUUGGUCGCCAGGCUGCGCCUGCUGGGCGACAAGAACGCGCUGGAGGACGUCCGGAACCAGGUCCGGGCCGGUGCCGUCGCUGUCCAACAUUCGGACGCCACCACUUCUACCGACGACCUCCCCGGCCCCAGCAGAACCGAGUCCCCAGUUGCCCCCCAAACCGCCCGUGAUCAAAACACCGAUUCUCAAAUUGUACUGCUAGACAAUGGUAGGACGGAUUCUACAGGCGGCACUAGUUCGCAGACCGACACAGUUGACACCACGAGGCACAUGCAAACCCUAACCCUGACCCCAAACGGACCGGCCCCCGGCAGCAGUGCGGAGCGGGUUGCGGCCGCAGUGGCCGCCGCAGUCCUGGCUGUGCAAAACUCCCCGACGACCUCCCGCCUCGGGCGUAGCGCUUCGUCCGCUGCUGCAGGGGGAUCCCUCCCGGUGCCCACCGGAAUUCCGGAGGACCAAGUGCGUGUGAUUGAGAAUGUGAAUAGGCUCAUGGACGAGAUUGCGGCCGAGCGGAGGGCGAUGGCGGCAGCGCUGGCUGCCGAGACGGAGGCGUGCGAGGAGCUGCGGGUAUCGAAUUCGGAGCUAUCGCGAAAGCUGGCCGUGGCGUCGGAACAUCUGCGCGCGUAUGAGGGCGCGGGGGCGGACGGCUCCACUGCGCCGCUCGGUGGCGGUGCUGAGAUCCCACGGGUGGAUGAGGGCGAUGAGGUCGUAGAAAGGGUCCUCGGAUGGAUUUCAAACUUCUUUGCGGGCAGGCGAUAAUCGAGCGAGUACGCACGAGUCUCGAGACGAAUUUCCGAGGUCAAGACAACAGCCUGCCUAGGCGUGUGUAAGCAAGUAGAUUGGUGAUGCGUGCCAUCUGCUGGCGAAUGACAGAGUACAUUCAUCCUCUCUUGGUCACCAAAAGAGGGGUGAUAGAUUACUACUCGAGGAUUUAUUGAGCGCCCCAGCUAGAGCCUCUGAGGUUUCAAUCCCUCUAAGCAUGGAAUGAAGGAUUUGUGCAAAUAGGCUCCUGAAUUGCCAAGUUCGUUCGUGCUUGACGACCUUCGAGCUGAACGCGUCAACAAUCAAAGAAACCAAUGCUAGGCGCAACAAAUGUUUGGAACAACAUCUCUGUGCCAGGUCCUGCACCCAUGUUUGCAGGCGGGCUAAGUCUGACGUCCUA